UUCAUCGGCUAGAUCUUCGGUGUUGGUUCUCCUCUGAUAUUUGGACGACACAUCAAGGGACUUAACACAUCAGGAUGAACUCGCUUUUAACGGCCACCCAAUUUGCAGGGAAAGUGUUUCAGGACCAACCAAAGACAAACUGAUACAGAAGGAGAGACAGAGAGAGUGAGACAGCGCGUAGAGAAGGGAUUUCUUUCUGAGGGAUUCCCCCACCCAAGGAAACGGAGGUGCACAGGCAGACUGUCAGAGCCAUGAACAGACGCUGGAGGUAGAACAUGACAUCUGGAACCAGCUGAAGCUGUCAGGCUUCAUGUCUCCAUCCUCCCCUGAGGGAGGACGAGAAGAUGAGUGUCACCAACCAUCACUCCUUCAACAUCCUGAUCGUCCUCCUCCUGUCCACUGCAGCUCUCUCGGCACAUUUUCGGGUGUGUGAACCUUACGCCGACCACAAGGGGCGCUACCACUUUGGAUUUCACUGUCCCCGUCUCUCGGAUAAUAAGACGUACAUGUUCUGCUGUCACCAUAACAACACCGCCUUUAAAUACUGCUGCAACGAUACCGAGUUUCAGACAGUCAUGGGUGUCAACCUGACGACAUCUCCGGACGGCUACGCACACAACAAUUACUCCGCCUUAAUCGGUGUGUGGAUCUACGGAUUUUUCGUCAUGGUGUUACUGGCGCUCGAUUUUAUGUACUACUCGGCUAUGAACUAUGAGGUGUGCCGGGUGUAUCUGGAGAAGUGCGGUCUCGGGGGCCGCUGGUUGAAACAGGCCCGCAACCAAUGGCAUGCCUGUGCUCAGGAGGAACGGGACGGGGGAGCGGUCCGACCCGCUGCACCGACAGAACCUCAGGAGCACCAUCAUCAGCUCAGCUGCGGUCACGUCAGACACAGCCUGACGGAGGGCACGCAGAGCACGACACCGAUCACACGCAACACGGCGACAGCCUGAGUAAGCCAAUUUAAAGACCACCCGUUGGAGUCCCUUAGUGAUGAAGUUCAUUAUGGGAAAUGUAGCACAUGCCCCCCUGCCACAUGGACCUUAGAAUGCCACAGGGACCCGUCCGCCCCAAGAAUCUCGACAUGGUCCAAAUCUCACUGAGCACAAGCUUGACCCCCUCUACAAACCCUCAGAACCACCACAGGACCAUUCAUGAGCCAAAGAGAGAGGGGCAAACAUUUCUGAACCGCAGCUGUGUGGAACUCCAGAGCCGACACACAAACUGGAGUCGACACAGAACUCAUGCAGAACUCACACGCUCAACAUCUUUUGUGAGAUCUAUGUAGCCGUUGCCCGGACACAAAUCUCUGUAGCUGUGUGACGUCCAGUUAUUUAUUCCUAGACUGAAAAUGAAUUACUAGAGGAACUUCUACAAGCAUAAAGCGAUGGAUGGAAAUUGUCAAGCAUUCUCACUGCUUAUUCACCCUUGUGACGGACGUUUUGCAGUAAAUUUCACAGUUAGGAAUAUUUAGGGUGAGUGUUUGUUUUUGACUACUGUUGUGAUGACGAUAUUUUUCUCAUUUGUGAGAAUCAGUGAGGUAGCAAAACUUUUGUCAAUUUGUUUUUUAUUUUUAUUGUGUUUCAUGAAGAUGAGAUUUCACUGUACCGUAUGAAUGUGCGUGUGUGUUUUGAAGUGGUUUUGUUACACAGAUCUCACUCUGAUAUUGAUAUUGAUUAGUUCAGUUUGUUUACAUUUUACAUUUUGAGUGAACCGCUGAAAUAAACACUCACGACUAACUCAUGAUUACAAACAUGACACAACAGUCAUUCAUUUUUCUAACUAUAUAUUCUUACAAAACUAGAAUUUCAAGAACAUUGUUUACUCCAAACGUUCUCACACGUCCUUGUUGUUCUCAGUCUGUUUUUCUCAGUAGCGCAAACUUAAUCCGCCUUCUGCCAUCUUUCCUCAUCAUCUACAACAGAGGCUGGUAUUCAUAUCAUGUGACUAAUUACUCUGGAGCAACAGGAAAUUACAUCAUGUUGAUUGUGAUUGGCUGAUGACCUCUCACUAGCAUCUUAGGCUGCAUUGAAAUACACCCACUUU